AUGACGAUGGAGCUGAGCGGGAGAGGACAAGCGGGCUCGGGAGCAGGGCAAAAGAGAGCUCACGCAAGCCAGUCUCUCCUCGACUCGCAUUCCCACUCCCACGCCCAGCCUGAGCGCAGGACUAGCAACUCGAUGCUCAUGCUCUCCCGCAAUGAUAGCACUUCCAAAGCCUCUCACCUCUCCCUCCGCACACCCUCCAGCUCGAGCGCAAUAACGCUUUCUGGAGAAUUCUCAUUCCCCUAUCCGCAAGCUUAUCCGAUCCAGUUGGACCUCAUGCGAAACAUUUUCGAAUGCGUGGAACAGGGUAAAGUGGCGGUGCUGGAAAGUCCUACGGGCACGGGCAAAAGCUUGAGCUUGAUCUGCGCGACGCUUACUUGGCUUGAGAGGAAUGGACAGAGAGGUUCGUUGGGUGUGCUGGAGAGUUCGCAGGCGCACGAGCUUGGUGAGUAUAGUAUCGGUGUGCUCGGGUGCGUGUAUGCGUGCGGGCAUGCAAGGGUGAAGGGUGUUUGGUCCUCGUGCUCGCGCUCAUGCUCAUGCUCCUCUGCUUUGCGACCCUCACGUCCAGCAUCGACCUCGACCUCGAUGGCCAGCAUCACAGCCACCAGCGCCACUGAUGAUGCUGAGCCGGACUGGGUUCGAGCGCACGCUCAAGCCCGUGCGAGAGCGGACGAGCAGAGGGGUCAGGUGGAGCUAAGGCAGAGGAUAGCUAGAGCGCGGCAAGCGCAGCAGAGGGAAAAGAAUUCUUCGAUGGCGAUGGAGAGGAAGAAUGCUGCAAAGUGGAACAAGAAGAAGAAGCGGGUGAGUGAGGUGCUGGUGCUGGUGCUGGAUGGGAGAUGGAACUGCACAGCGUCGCAUCCCGGCGACGUGAACUUCAUUCGGCUCACGCUUUCGAGUCCUCCUCUCACCCUCGCAGCGCCCCACGACGACAAGCGACGCCGCAUCCGAAUCCGAAUCGGAUUCCUACCUGCUCUCCAGCGGUUCAGGAGACGAAACAUCUCGUCCCAUCCCAUCCGACGAUUCUGCUUUUCUCUCUUCCGAAGUUCAAGCGCUCUUGGCUCAACUACGAGCUGGUGCCAGUGGAUCAUCAUCGGCGCGCAAGGGAGGUCCGACAUGGGGAUCUGCGAUGAAGGAGGAGGAUGAAGAUGAACCUGCUACGGUACCGCAGGUGUUUUAUGCUAGUAGGACGCACUCGCAGUUGAUGCAAUUUGUGGCAGAGGUCAAGAAGACGAGGUUCGGAAAGGGUGGGAUGGAAAGCGAGGGGAAGCGAGACGAGGGGCAGGAGCAGGUGAAAGAGGAGAAUACGAGAUGCGUCUGUUUGGCUAGCAGGAAACAGAUGUGCAUCAAUGAAGAGGUCAUACGUACGGGAGAGACAAAGGGCAUGGAGGCUAUGAACGAAAAGUGCAGGGACCUGGCAAAGGGUGCGUACGCGCGCACGAGUGCUGCGACCCGCUGAUGUGCGCAGCGUUGUGGCUAUCGCGAUUGACAUUGUCUUCACAUCUCCCUCGUCCACCUCUGUAUCGCUGCGUUGCUCGACUGCCUCACUCCCUCACAUGCUCGCUCGCUCGCUCGCUCACUCACGCAAGCAGGCAAAGGCAAAAAGCGCUGCGAAUACCUGCCUGCACAGGAUGCGCAAGGCCGAUCGCAGAUUCUGGAUUAUCGCGAUCGAGCCUUUUCGCGCGUCUCGGACUUGGAAGAUUUGGUUGUGCUGGGCAAAGAGAUGGGCGUGUGUCCUUACUACGCAUCACGCGCAGCUGCACGGACCGCGCAGUUGGUGGCUUUGCCUUACAAUUUGCUGCUCAGUCAGACUUCGAGAGAAACUCUGGGCACAAGGUUGGACGGGGCAGUGGUGGUGCUGGAUGAGGCGCACAAUGUCAUCGAUACGGUGUUGGAGGGAGGCAAGGUACACGUGGAUGAGGCUAUGCUACGCGUGGCCAAGGAGCAGAUCCAUACGUACCUCGAGAAAUUCGCAUCGAGACUCAAAGGCGUCAACGAGGUCAGACUGAGGGAAUUCAGAACGGUCAUUGAAGCUCUGCUCAAGUUUGCGCGCGAGUGGGCAAGCAGAGCAAAGAGUGGGAAGGAGGGCGGAAAGCAGGAACAGAUGUUGAAAGGCGCUGAAGUGAUGAAGAGAAUUGGAGGAACUCUCGACCAGAUCAAUCUGGUCGCUUUGCACGCUCAUCUGAGACAAUCUCAGAUUGCUAGAAAGGUGAGCUGAUGAGUGAUGCUGAUGCGCAAAUAGAGCUUCUUUCGCGCGCGAUCCUUCCCUGGACUACCCUCGACCUGCCUCGACCGAACUGUAAGAGAGGUACGCUAACUCUCCAAGUCUUCAUCCGCAUCACGACCAGGUCAGCGGGUAUGCAGACAAACAAGCCACGAAAGCUCGAGCGGGCAAUGCGGAGGAACCAACGGCUCGCAGCGCAAUCAGCUGCAUGCACGCCAUCCAGUCGUUCAUACUCGCACUCUCAAACAACAACGAAGAUGGAAGAGUGUUGAUCUCGAUCGAAGAGAUCCAGCAUGAAGCGGCAUUUGCUGUCCACUCUGGAACGCCAGACAGACCCCACGGAGUCGGUGCGGCGAGCGCGAGCGCGAGCGCUGCUUUGCGUCAGAGGCAGCGAGAUUCAGAGCGGAAUAGACAGAGCGUGGUCCAUCUGCGGUAUCAGCUACUCAACCCUCAAGAAGCGUUCAAACCUAUUCUUGAAAAGGCUAGAUCGGUCAUUCUUGCUGGAGGGACGAUGGAGCCUGUGAGUGUCCAUUUCCUCCUGUACACGAAGGCCAAUGUGUGCUUAUCAUCGACUUGCAAAGCUAAAGCCUCUCUUGACUGGUGCCUUUGGCGCUGCUUAGAUCUCAGACUUUACCACACAGCUCUUUCCGCACAUCGACCCGCAAAGAUUCCACAGAUUUAGCUGUGGACAUAUCAUCCCCGCCGACAACUUGCUCGCGGCCAUCGUGCCUAGCGGACCUAGAGGCACGACGUUUGAAUUCAAGUAUGAUUCUAGGGGCGACAUGAACGUUGUGAGUCACAUAUCAUAGGCAGCUUAAAAGUCUCACAAUGAACCACGUUCUUGACAAGACUCAUCCAUCUGCUUCUCAAUUUGCCUCGCUCGAUGUUGCGAUGCCUCUUCGUCCUCCCUGGAUGGCCAUUCGAUUACCUCCUCACUUGCAUUUGCCCAACAUGUUCAGCUGGACGAUUUAGCCAAUGCUCUUUCCAACUACUGCAAUGUCAUACCGCAUGGCGUUGUCGUCUUCUUGCCCAGCUACGCCUUUUUGGAAAGCGCGACGCGUAGGUGGAAAGAGAGUGGGGCGCUGAAUAGAUUGGGCAAUAAAAAGAAGGUGAGAGCGCUGUGAUCUCGUUGCGACUUGACCUUUGCAAGGAGAGGAUAGGAUGUCGUUCAAGGCAGUCGAUUUGUUGACUGACCCCAGACACGCCUUGAUAGAUCUUUUUUGAACCGAAGAAUGCGGCGGAUGUGGAUCGGGUGCUUGAAGAAUACAGAGCGGCGAUCGAUGCAGCGGACCAAAUGCUGACUGGGGUGAGUACGUCGACUGUUUGCAGAAUGAAACGAGCGACAUGGCACUGGCGAUCGAGGAGGACGUAUUCUGUCUGAUAGUUGCAAUCGAUUGGCCUGGUUCAUGCAGGGCGUACCGGCAAGGACGGGCUCCAUGCUGCUGGCCGUGGUGGGCGCGAAGCUUUCAGAGGGAAUCAAUUUUUCGGACAGAUUGGCUAGAGCGGUCAUCAUGGUCGGCAUGCCCUUUGCCAAUGCUGCAAGUGUGGAGCUCAAAGAGCGCAUGAAGUGAGUUGAGCUGGCAGCUCUUCGAGAGCGAGCGGGGUCAUACAUCUGAACAGGGCAUUGACAAGAGCUGACGAAAUGAUCGGGAUGCUGACCGGACAUGCUGCAAAAUCUCCUGCAGCUACGUACGAAAUUUGGCCAAGACUUCAUCACUGGACGUAGCGUCGACAGAGAAGGAUGCUGUAAGUUAGAUAGAUGACAGGCUCGUGGGUGAUUGCGUGCCCAUCAGUCUAGUCAUUCGCUGAUCCUUUAUCAUGCUCGCCGAACAGGGCCAAGAACUGUACAUUAAUCUGUGCAUGAAAGCCGUCAAUCAAUCCAUCGGUAAGCAGGUGUGCCGAAUCCCUCCCGGCGCUACGGCGCCAGAAAGUUCCCGACGCUGAUGCGCCCACGCUCUUGUGAUGGCAGGGAGAGCGAUACGUCACCAGAAAGACUAUGUGAGCUGGUGUUCCGCCUGCUCCCUCUCCGAGGACAUCUUGCUCCCUCUGGACUUUUCGCUGACCCAACCCCCCUCUUGUUCUUCCCUAGGCCGCUCUGAUCCUGCUCGACAAGCGAUUCGCUCGUGCGGAUAUACGCGCCCGUCUACCAGGUUGUCAGUUCCCCUUCUUUUGCCCCCCACCCACCCCUCUCGCCUCCUUGCGCGUCUCUUGCCGACAUUACGCUGACGCAGCAAGCACUCCCUUCAUUCCCCCCUCUCACAUUGUCCGACUCGCUGAUCCAUGCACAGGGAUUCGAGACUCGACCAGGACCUUUGAUCGAUUCGGACCGUCCAUAGCUGCUACUGGUGCCUUUUUUCGCGACAAGCGCGGACAUUGA